UUAAUUCUGUAGGAUAUAAUUAUAACAGUAAUGAAAACAUUAAAUAAGCUGAACCUAUAUUAUAUAGACUAGGCUAUUUUAUAUCAAUUCUGAAUUUGAGUAAAACUUCAGACAUCAAGUAACGCUUUAGGCUUUCUGUAAAGAGGAUAUCUUAAAGAGUAUAAGAGCCCGUUAAAUAAUUUCAAACUAAUGGCUCAUUCAAUGCAAUUUCGGCAACGAUGCUACAGUCGAGCUCUCCGUUCCUAUCUAGGAUGACUUCACCUGGAAAUAUGAUACUGGGGAAUUAGCCUAACUUUCUGCAAAAAACCAAAAGGGCACAUACUCAAAUAUCAAGUUCUUCUGCCUUUGGAAGACAGCAACAAUACUGGUACAAAUAUAAACCCCAAUAAUUACAUGUUAUAAUCAGAUAAAAGGCGUUACAGCAAGGGAAAAUCUGAAUUAACAGUUGUUUCCAAAUAAUUCCGUCACCGCAAUCUUAAACAUACUGUAGUAGACACUCCUGACUGCAAGGACACCGGUAAGCGUGGCUGUCGGGAACAACGUGGCACAUGAAAUCCCUCUUGCCGUCCAGUACCACUACCCCACCCUCCGCAACUGGAAGACCUGGGGAGGGGGGCGGGCGCUCCGUGAGAAAGGAACACGUCAUGCCUACGCCAGCCUGUGGACGUUCGAUCCCGAAGUCUGUUCGCGUUCCGAAGUGGCUUGGCUUCCUUCUCGCUCGCCGUAGUUAGCCUCAAGAUGGCGGCGGCAGCUGGUGACGUGCCGGUCCGGGUUUGCAAUCAGGAGAUUGUCAAAUUCGACCUGGAGAUUAAAGCCGCCGUGCAGGAUAUCCGGGAUUGUGCAGGGCCUGUAAGUGCACUUGCAGAAUUGAAUGCCAAAGUAAAAGAAAAAUUCCAGCAUUUACGUCUCAGAAUACAAGAACUUGAACAGAUGGCUAAGGAGCAAGAUAAAGAAUCAGAAAAACAAGCAUUACUCCAAGAAGUAGAGAGCCAUAAAAAGCAAAUGCUCAGCAAUCAGACAGCCUGGCGUAAGGCAAACCUAGCUUGCAAAAUUGCAAUUGACAAUUCUGAGAAAGAUGAUUUGCUGCGAGGAGGAGAUCCUUUACGACAAAGAAAGUCUACUAAGGAAAGUCUGGCAGAGGGGGCAAGUAACAUCACAGAGAGCCUGAUGGGAAUUAGCAGAAUGAUGUCUCAGCAGGUUCAGCAAAGUGAGGAAACCAUGCAAUCUCUAGUUAAUUCUUCACGAACUAUCUUGGAUGCCAACGAGGAGUUUAAAUCUAUGUCUGGAACAAUACAGCUGGGGCGAAAGCUUAUCACAAAGUAUAACCGCAGGGAGCUGACUGAUAAAUUGCUCAUCUUUCUUGCCCUUGCCUUGUUUUUGGCCACUGUGCUUUAUAUCUUGAAGAAAAGGCUAUUUCCAUUUUUGUGACCUUUUUAGGUGAAAGGAGGAGGAAUGACUGCAAGAAAAA